AUGGCCUCCCCACCGGGCGCCGAGAGCCGGGCGGACCCGGGCGAGCAGGAGGCGGCGGUGGUCGCGGCGUUGCAGGCGGAACUGGGCGCGUGCCGCGCGCAGCUGGAGCGGGCGCGGCGGCGGCUGCGGCGCACCCAACGCCUGUACCGCCGGGAGCGGGAGAGCAGCGGGGCGCUCAGGAGGCAGGUAGAAGAACUCACUAAAGAAAUCCAUAAUAGAAAGGAGAAAGAUACGUCUAGUGUAGAAGUACAGACAGAGGACUGUGCUGCAUGGUCACAAGCAGAUUAUUACUACUAUGAAAAUUAUUACAGUCACACGGAUACUCAAGAUUGUGUAUCUGAGCUAGGAGUGAAGCACAGUCAUGGGAAUGAAGGCACUGAGCAUAAUUCCACAGAGGAAUCGGAUGCAGGUGUUAAUAUUCCACUGAGGAAGGAUAGCACCAAAGCUAUUGAAGGUGGAGAAGAGGAAAAUUUCAUCCAGAAUUCACAGGAGACAGAAGAAACAUCAGUACCAGAAGGUUCUCUGGCAGAGAGCUUGAGAGCUGCUGCAGAGGCUGCUGUUUCACAAACUGGAUUUAUAUAUGAUGAAAAUACAGGAUUGUAUUAUGACCAUAGCACUGGAUUCUACUACAAUUCAGAAAACCAACUUUAUUAUGACCCAGCAACUGGAAUUUAUUACUACUGUGAUGUGGAAAGUGGCCGAUACCAGUUUCAUUCACGAGUGGAUCUGCAGUCUUACCAGGCCUCUGGUACUAAGCACACCAAGGAUAAAAAGGGAAAAAAGAAGAGAAAAGAAGCAGAGUGGCUUGCUGCAGAUGAGUAUAAGGAUUUGGACACAGAAGAGCAGAAAACAUCUAACAGUCUGAAUUGCUUUUCCACCACCGAUCAAGUAAGUUCUACUGAAGAAGAUGAAUCUCUAAAUGUAAGAAAGAAGACUAAAAUGGACAAAAACCCAUUAAACAGUCUAACAGCCAAAGAAUCCAUUUCUGCAGAUGGUAUAAAUUCACAUUCGCAAAAAAGUACACCAGACGCUGCAGCGUAUACAGAUGACAGUAGAACAGCAGACACAGAGAGUGAACCAGAAGAAGGUGAAAUUACAGAUUCUGAGUGUGAAACCUACAGUGGGGAGGAAUUAACAAGUGAAGAAACUGGUGAUUCAGAAUACUCAGAAAAUGAAGAUGAAGAAAAGAUCUGGCCUCCUUGUAUCAGAGUAAUUGUAAUAAGAUCACCAGUUCUACAGACUGGGUCACUUUAUAUUAUCACUGCUGUGAAACCUGCUACAAUUGGAAGAGAAAAAGACGUUGGACACACUCUUCAGAUUCCUGAAGUUGGAGUCAGUAAGUUUCAUGCAGAAGUGUAUUUUGACCACGAUUUGCAAAAUUAUGUUCUUGUGGAUCAAGGCAGUCAGAAUGGAACAGUUGUUAAUGGAAAUCAGAUUCUCCAGCCUAAAACAAAGGGUGAUCCCUACAUCCUGGAGCAUGGAGAUGAGGUGAAGAUCGGCGAAACUGUGCUUUCUUUUCAUAUUCACCCCGGCGGUGAUACUUGUGAUGGAUGUGAACCAGGACAAGUUAGAGCACAUCUUCGCCUGGACAAGAAAAAAGAGUCUUCUGUUUGUCCAGCACUUAGCAAAGAAGAGAGAGAGCUAGUCAGAAGAAAAGCAUUAAAACAAAUACGGGUGAAAUAUGGUUUACAGAAUACAGAAUAUGAAGACAACAAGGCAGUGAAAAAUCCAAAGUACAAAGACAGAGCAGGAAAACGCAGAGAGACCGUUGGAAGUGAAGGAACCUUCCAGAGAGAUGACAGUUCAGCUUCUGUUCAUAUUGAAAUCAGCAAUAGCAACAAAGGACAUAAAAUGUUGGAGAAGAUGGGAUGGAAGAAGGGGGAAGGUCUGGGAAAGGAUGGUGGUGGCAUGAAGGAUCCGAUCCAACUGGAAUUACAUCAGAAGCAUGCAGGUUUAGGUACUAGGAGACCAGCCUCAAUUGAAGAUGUUCAACUUGUCCAGAGCAAGAAUAAAAAGAACUGGGAUAAAGCAAGAGAGAGGUUCGCUGAAAACUUCCAAGACCCUAAAUCACAAAGGGAUACAGCUAAGAGUACGCUUUGGGUCAGAGGGACAGUAGACUGAAGUAUCUAGUCCCACAGCAAGGUAAUUCCUGAGUAUAAAUAGUUGGGAGAGAAUCUAUUUUUAUUCUUUUUGCUUUUGCUAAAGCAGGAGUUUGGUUAUAUGUAAAAUACAGUUGUGGAAAAACUUAUUCAAGAUUAACUCUGUUAUGUUAAUUGGUUUUCUGUAGUCUUCAUGCUUUUAUACACAUUUUAAUAUGAUAUGAAUGGAGUUUAGAGGGAUAUUCAAAUUUAACUACUUGAAAAUUAUUUUCAUCAGAAACAGGAAUCUUCCAUGGUGUUUUUACACUUCUCAGAAAGUAACACAAAACAUCUGUUACAGUUAAAUAUGAUACCUUUAACACUUGAACAGUGGUUUAAAAUCAAGAUGAAAAAAUAAAUCCCCCAGAUCCCUAGUAAAAAAAGUACCCUAUUGCUGUUUCUUCGUGUUUGCCAUGAAGUGCUCGACAAGAGGCACACCACUCUUAAAUUCAUACAGUUCAGUACCAGCUACAUGUCUCAGCAUACAUUUUGCAAAGGAAAAGGGGGAAAAGGUUUGUUUUUAAAUGAUUCAUCAUUACUGUUCAAAAAUACCAUACUCCAUGAAAUAAACUACCAGCAUUAGUGAAGAAAACAGUGUUCAGAGACAGCUUGUAGCAAAAUUUUCUUCUGUGAAGAACUUGUUUGAGAUUUGUUUAGUAAAUCUGUAUCAUGCCUUUGAAAGAGGAGGUAUGUUUAGAAAACUGCUGUCUGUUUGUAUUUAUUAACUUCUUUGUCUGAUACAUCCAUUGCUGGCAAUGGAGUUUAUGCCAGAAAAAAACAUCACAAAUAAGUGAUUUUUUGAUGGGGAAGGAUUUCCAAACUGAAGCUAAAAGAUUGGUAUUUAUUGACUGUUCCUAAACACAAUAAAUCAUUGUCAAUUUAAGAAGCGUGCUUCCUCAAGCUAUCUUGUCCAUAUGUUGGAUAGGAGUGCUCUUCUAAAAUGAGUAAAACUUAAUCCCACUUUGUUCAAGUUGAAGUUCUGGUACUUGUCCAAGGAAACAUGGUAGUCUCACCGUCUUACCAGAUCAUGCACACAACUGUGAAGCACUGUGGAGUAAAAGCAAAACAAGUUACCAGCGAUUUGUCUUAAUCUAGACACAUACAGUAUAAAGCAAAAGGUCCAGUCUAUUAUUUAAAUCAUGAAACUAGGCCAAGUUUACAACCCGAGGCACACCUUACUUCUGCAGAGGUGAAGAUAAAAUUAUCCACACUCAAUGCAUGGAGCACCAUAACUAAAAUGAGGUCACUGUUUGCCUUUGUAAGCACUUAGUUUUCUACUGAUUUAGUGGCAGACAUGUAUUAUUGCUGUUGCAAUAAUAUACUAGUAUUGCUGUAUUACGUACUUUGCUGUUGCGUUCCUUUUUAUUGGCAACUUCACAUUUUCAGAGGCUUUUUCUAGCUGUGAAAAAAUGUUGUUUUGUAAGUUCUGUUGUGUACUUGUUAAGUUUUUGUUCACUAUUUAUCUAAAAACCUCUUCCAGCUGGCAGGAGGAAAAAGCCCCCCGUAUGCUAAAAUAAUGUUUUUGCCUUUUUUUCUUUUUACUUCUGUAGUCUUCAGAGUAAAUCAAACUAUAAACCUUAA